GUGCGCGCGGGCGAGGGGGAGGGGCUCGAGAUCGUCUCCCCGUACAUCGCGCCGGGCCUGGCCCCCUACUCGCCGACGGAGGUGGCCGACGGCUCGGACCUGAUGGACCUCGUGCCGACGCUGCCGACGGAGAGGGCCACCUUCAGCAGCGAGCCCACGGUGGUGCCCUCCUCGCAGGCGGGCAGCCAGGCCCAGCGACGGCUACCGCCGCCGCCGCAGGCUCCGCGCCUGGGCCUGCCUGGCGUGCCGGGCUCGCCAUCGUCGCCCACGGAGCUGCCCGCGCCCACCUCCCCGGGCCUGACCGAAGCGGGGCUGGACCUGGGCGCGGAGCUGGACCUGGGGCUCGGCCUGGCACCGCUCGGGCAGGUGCCGUCGCCCACGGUGCUGCCAGAGCCGACCUCCCCGACGGAGGUGCCGGCGCCCACGGAGGCGGGCGACGAGGAGGAUGACCGGAUGCGGCUCCUGGAACCCGCGUCGCCCGUGGAUGGUCCAGAGCCAUUGGAAGAGCGCGCCCCGACGACACCAGCCGAGUCCUACGAGGACCUGCUGGACCUCGGGGGUGGGGCAGCGGCGAGGCCGGCAUCGAGCCCCACGGAGAUUCCAGCGCCGACGUCCCCGGUGUCCGAGGCCGCCGCGGCGCUGCCCUCGCUGGCGAUGCCGUCGUCCAGGUCCCUGCGGCCGCCCACCACGGUCGCUUCCUCCGCGGCCUCGCGGCUGCCGCCUGGCGUGGCCCACGAGCCGCUGCUACCGCCCAGCUCGCCCACCGAGGUGCCCGUCCCCACGGAGGCGGGCGACGAGCUGCACCUCGGGGGCGACCUCGGCCUGCCGCCGCCGGGAGCCGCGCGGCCCGCGAGCCUGUUCCGGCCGAUGGCGGCACUGCAGGCACGGUUCCUCAUGCCGAUCAACAACAACAUGAUCGAUUCAGACUUCAACCCGCCCAGCUCCGAGAAGCCGAUGUACCUGAACGAGUUUAUCAACCAGUCGCCCGCGCAGCACCAGGAGGACAUGAAGAACGCGAAGCGCCAGCCGGUGGUGCACGACACGAAGGACCUCAUCCGCUCGCACGCAGCCGACCCGCACAACAAGUACGGCAUGGCGGAGUGGGUGCAUGUGCACUACGACAUCACCCGCGAGCCCACGUUCCCCCGCAAGCCCGACCUGUCAAAGGGUGAGUUGGCCGCUGGCGCCACGGUCACGCGUACGGACGUCUGGCACGACCCGAAGGAGCCUGCGAUCACGUCUGUCGCCAAGUUCUCGCCCGAGAACUUCCGCCCGGUUGGCUGGGCCGAGAACGCGCCGCAGCCGACGACCACCUGCCCCGAAGGAUACCUUGACAACCCGCGAAGCGACGAGUCAGAGUCCGCGAACAGGCAUAUGAAGAGGAUUCUUGGCCUUCCCAGGCAUAGGAAGAGGGUUACGCCGAAGGCGGUGCUCGUCGGGCUCGGGCUCGACUUCGCCACAGCCCCCAUCGGCUCUGCCGCUCCCGAGCUUGCCGAGGGGAGCCCAGAGGCUUGGCGCGGCGGGGGCGAGGGCUCUCUGGCAUCUGCGCAGCCCACAGGCUGGUCAACUGAGUUCGUGGUCGUGCUCGUGGUGAGCUCCUUCGCAUACGGCAUCGUCGUCGGCGGCUUCUUCGUCAAGAGCUCUCGGACGGAAGUUCCGCCGCUAGGAGCAAUGGCUGUACGCACCACUGGCCAGUUCCACUACGUACGGUACAACGUCGGGGGGCCCGCCAUCUACCACGAGAGGCUCACUUUGCUGCCAGGGUACAUCCUCGCCCCCGGCGAUGACGACUAUGCGGAGAGCGACUUGGCAGGCGGCGACUUGAGAUCAGUGCGUGACUCGGCGGGCCAGGGCGACGCGAUCGUCGGAGUCGCCGCCCACAGCCUCUACAAGUUCAGACGGCUGCCGUCCGCAGCCGUCGUCUGGGCUGCUGUGCGCCGCGGCGUCGCUCAGGGCCACGGACCUCUGCCGCCGUCGCCCUUCAACCUCGAGCUCAGCGCCGACAACGUGCUGGGCGUGGCGGCGGGGGUGCUGGCCUUGCCCGACCCGCUCGGAGCGGCGCCCGCUGCCGCAGCGCCUGGCGCGCUGGCCUUGGCUGGCGCGGCCGCGCCCCCCGCGGGCGCCCCUGGGCCGCCCGCCGCGGUGGCCGCGGCGCCCGAGGGCGGGGUGGGCGCGCUGGCGGCGGCGUUCGGCGCGGGGCCGGCCGCCCUGCCUGCUGCCGCUGACCCUCCGGGCGUCGGCGGCGCCGCCGCGGCCCCCGCGGCCCCAGGCGUCGCGGGGCCUGAUCCCCGCGUGAUGGCCACCGUCCUCGACGCUCGUGGGUUGCGGGACAUGCCCUUCAGUGGCGCCGUGAAGCGCCAGACCGAGACCCCCGGCGCCGAUUGGCCCGUGAGGGGCCCAAGGACCACGAUGCGGGUGCCCCACUUCAUGCUCCGCAUGGCUGGCGGGGCGAUGGCAUGGCACAACCGCUGGAUGGCCAUGAUGCAGGCCCUGGAGACGGACGACGCCGCCAAGCUCCACGAGACGCUGUGCCGCGUCAUCGAGACCUCGCUCUGCCACGACCAGCUGAUCAUCUGCGAGCUGGCCUCCUACGAGUUCCUGUCGCGGCAGCUGCAGUUGGUGGAGGAGCGCUUCUUCGAGGAGCGCGCGCGCAGGACCCACCCUGCGCCCAGGGCCAAGGGCCAGGCCAAGGACGGCGCCGCGUCCGCGGCAGCCGACGCCUCCUCGGAGAUUGGCCACUUCCUCGGCGCGGGAGAGACGAUGGGCAACUUGUGCAUUUGCCCAGCAUUGAUGGAUUGGAUCGCCGACCAGAUGAAGAGCGAGGAGCAGGAGACGGAGGAGGAUACGGACGAAGCGGAGGAACACGUGGGCGAAGAGGGGAAGGUCAUGAAGAGGGGGUUCCGACUUAGCACCUCCGGCUUCGUGAUGAUGUCCAUCACCCGCGCCGUCGUCUGCAAGCUCCUGCAUGGCAUGUGGCCCGCCAUGGACGUGUUCGCCGCUGGCGUCGUGGAGGUCGACCUUCGCCCGGUGCGGCUGGGCCAGAACUUCGUGGUCAAGUGGCGCAACAAGCCAGUCUUCAUCCGCAAGCGCACCCAGGCCAUGAUCGACUCCGCGACCAAGGACGACUGCCUUGCGCCCUCCAUGCGCGAGCCGGCCACGGACGCGCAGCGCUGCAAGAAGUCCGAGUGGCUCAUCUGCAUCGGCGUCUGCACCCACCUGGGGUGCAUCCCGCAGCCGGACGCCGGCAACUACGGCGGGUACUUCUGCCCCUGCCACGGCUCCCACUACGACCACGCGGGCCGCAUCCGCCAGGGGCCAGCGCCCAAGAACCUGGAGGUGCCGCCGCACAGCUUCAUCGAUGAGUUCACUGUGAAGCUGGGGUGA